CCACCGCUCCUCGUGGAGCUUGCCGUAGACUCAUCAGCUUCUCGUGCUCUAGCAUCAAGCCCCUUGCCUCAACCUCGGAGUCUGGACGAGAUGGAAGGGUUGCUUCUCAGAUGUUGGGCGUCUGACCUGAAGUGCUGUCGCUUUUAGCAUCGCAUCGCACCAUUGCGUAUCCAUUACGCUCCCAUUACACACACCAAGCAGCUGUCGUUCCCGGUUUUCCUUUGCGCCCUCGCACAUUGCCCCUCCCCCUUCGUCAUGCCCGCCAUCAUCCCCACCACGGGCCUCGCGCCAUACACCAUCGGCGCGAGCACGUACGAGACGUACUACAAGAUCUUCGGGGACCUCUCCUCCGACAAGCGCCCGCUUGUCGUCGCGCACGGCGGCCCAUCGCUGUCGCACGACUACCUCCUGCCCAUCAGCGACAUAGCCGCCACCCACGACGUACCCAUCGUCUUCUACGACCAGGUCGGCACCGGCCUGAGCACCCAUAUCCCCGAGAAGAAGGGCGACACCACAUUCUGGACCAUCGACCUCUUCAUCGACGAGCUGUUCAAUCUCCUGACGUACCUUCACAUUGAGGAGUAUGACUACCUCGGGCACUCGUGGGGCGGUAUGCUUGGGCUGGAGGUCGUCCUCAGGAAACAUCCGAGAGGGAUGAAGAAGUUCGUCCUGGCGAACAGCCUGGCGGACGGCGCGUCGUGGGAUAAAUCCUUCGCGCAGCUGCUACAGGCGCCCGACGUCCCUGAGGACGCGAGGAAGACUAUCAUGGACGAGAAUGCUGACCGAGCGGAGCGAUACGCUGCGCUGAAGGUGUUCUAUAAGGUGUACGGGUGCAUGGUGGACCCCCUUCCGGAGGAUUUCUUGCGGAGCAUGGACUACACCAACGGUGAGAACGCAGAUAGGACGACCGUCGAUGCACUGAACGCCGGCGAUCUGAGCGACUGGAAUGUCCGCGACAAGCUGGGAGAGAUCGACGUUCCUACGCUAGUCAUCAACGGUGCGAGGGAUUUUGCGCAGGAUUGGGUGGUCGCGCCGUUCGUCGAGAAGAUACUGGACGUGAAGUGGGUGAAGUUCGAGAACUCGAGCCACACGCCUUUCUGGGAGGAGCGCGACGAGUUCAAUCGAGUUGUCGCCGAGUAUCUAGGCUACUAAGCACGACGUAGUAGCUGCAUACAGAACACAAACAUACUCCUGUUAUGGGAUCAGCAAGAUGUGCG